UAGAGGAUGAGAAACGGGAAGGAAACUAUACGACGGGGACCGGACGAUAUGAAAGAAGAGAAGGUCAGGAGGCUUUUAGAGCAUGAGAGCAGCCUUGUGCGUUGAGCGUUGGUGCAGUCUGAAGGAAAGGACAGCUCAUAAAUCUGAAGAGGAAACGCGUAGUUCUGCAUGCUCGUCGAAUAUUGAGCAAAUGUCAAACUUACUUGUGGGUUUAGCUGUUAAACCAGAGCUGAUUUUUUUAGAGCGCAGUCUGCGAACGCGAUGAGCUGCAGGGGAGAAAGCUGGUGCUGGUAGCCAGGAGAGGAUGCUUGAGACAGAGACAUGGGCUGUGGAGCGCUCUGCCCUCCAGCAAUCGACCUUCAGGAGGAGGGGAUUAAUGCCAUCAAUCUUCCCCUCAGUCCUUCACACUAUGAGCUGGACCCUGAGGACACAAUGCUAGAGGAGAAUGAAGUGCGCACCAUGGUGGACCCCAACUCCAAGAACGAUCGCAAACUGCAGGAGCUCAUAAAGGUGUUGAUUGACUGGAUAAAUGACGUUCUGGUCGGGGAGAGGAUCAUUGUGAAGGAUCUGGCUGAAGAUCUGUACGAUGGACAAGUUCUGCAGAAGCUAUUUGAAAAGUUGGAAGGCGAGAAGCUGAAUGUCGCAGAGGUGACCCAAUCCGAGAUCGCCCAGAAGCAGAAGCUGCAGACUGUUUUGGAGCGCAUCAACGAAUCGCUCAAGCUGUCCACCAGGAACAUCCGCUGGAACGUCGACUCGGUUCAUGCUAAGAGUAUAGUCGCCAUUCUGCACCUGUUGGUGGCGCUGUCACAACACUUCAGAGCACCGAUCAGAUUGCCAGACCAUGUUUCUAUUCAAGUUGUGGUGGUUCAGAAGCGAGAGGGCAUCCUUCAGUCGAGGCAGAUCCAAGAAGAAAUCACUGGCAACACGGAGGCAUUCUCUGGUAGACAUGAGCGCGAUGCUUUUGACACCCUGUUCGACCACGCUCCAGAUAAGCUGAAUGUUGUCAAAAAGACCUUGAUCACUUUUGUAAACAAACACCUAAACAAGCUCAACCUAGAAGUGUCUGAGCUGGAGACACAGUUCGCAGACGGGGUUUAUCUGGUGCUGCUGAUGGGUCUGUUGGAAGGAUACUUUGUGCCGCUCUACAACUUCUUCCUCACACCUGAGAAUUUUGACCAAAAGGUUCACAAUGUGUCGUUCUCCUUUGAGCUGAUGCAGGACGGCGGUCUGGAGCGACCAAAGCCCCGCCCUGAGGAUAUUGUGAACUGUGACCUGAAAUCUACUCUGCGCGUCCUGUAUAACCUCUUCUCCAGGUACAGAAACGUGGACUGAGCGCGACGCUUCACAAGUGGGAACACAUUACCAGAACCGCCACGUUCUCAUCAGUGUUUUUAUCCUCCGUUUGCUUUAAGAAGCCAUUUUCUUUAACUGAAUGCAUGAAUCACAUAUAAUGUGCUUGAUAAGAAAUCACACAAAUCUGUAUCUACUUUCGCUCCUGCAGAGACGUGCAGCUUUUAUAAAAAAAAAUGAAACCUUUUUGUUGCAAAUUGCAGGAAAGUCUUAACAGAUUUACGGAGCUGAAAAGCAUACAGAUGUGUUUCUAAAGCUUAGUUAAGUCUUAGUUAAGGCUUUUUAUCUAUAAAGCAAAGAAAAAGAACAUUUAAGUGUAUUUAUUGUGCAUUUUUGGAACCCAUCUUGAUUUUCCGACUUGCAAUAUUUCAUCCUGCUUUUGUUUUUGUCUUCAUAAGUGCCUUUAUUUAAACCCGUGAACACUGUCGGCUCCCAGAGCUGGGAUAAUUGUAUUCCCAGUUGUCUUAACGCUCCAGAUUUCCUUUGCAGACUAAGUUGAACCCUUAAAAUAUUUGACCAAAGCUUUGCUUUAUUCCUGCAAUUAAACAUAAAGGUUUUGCUAAGCAACCACCUGCCUUUUUGUAUUUUAUCGAUAACUUGUAUUUUAUUUUUACUUGGGGUGUAUCACCAUUUAAAUGACUUUUAUACGUUAUAUAUACUAAUAUGUGCAUCAAAUAUUAAGAAUAAAGCAUUCUGCUAAAUCAGCUAAAUCUAAUCAUAUGUCAUGGUUUGAACAGCCCCUGUAAGGUUUCUGUUCUAAUGCAUUAGAUUCAAUAAACAUUUUGCUGUCC